AUGGCUGUCUUUUCGAAACCGCUCUCUUCCCACCGCCUCACGAGCGCGUCUGCCAAAGCCAUAGUCAACGACCUCACACGCCUGUACCUCCAGCACCGAACACGCAUAUCACGCGCCGUCUACCUCACCCUCUUCGUCGCGCUCAUAAACCGCAUACGGAAUGCCAUUGCCGAGCAGAAGGCCGCUUCAAUACGGCGUGCCUCCAAAACAGCGGAUAAGACGACAGCAGGCGAGGGUGAGGCAACGGGGAGGAAGAAGGUUGAGCUGAACAGGGAGUUCUUCAAGAACCUGCUGCGGCUACUGAAGAUAUGUAUACCUGGGUGGAAGAGCAAAGAGUUCAGGCUCUUGAUCGGACAUAGUGUGUUUCUGGUGUUGAGGACGAUGAUCAGUCUGUACGUCGCGGAGUUGGACGGAAGACUGCUCUCGUACCACCAGUGCAAACUCUCCCUCCAAUAUCGGACGCGUCUCACGAACCAUAUCCACUCCAAAUACCUCUCGCAGAUGACCUUCUACACGCUUUCCGCACUUGACGAUCGCAUCGCAAACGCCGACCAACUCAUAACCGUCGACGUCUCCAAAUUCUCCAAUUCGCUCGCCGAACUCUAUUCGAAUCUUGCGAAACCGGUACUAGACAUCAUAAUCUACAACUACUCGCUCUCGCGCAGCGUCGGUGGCGAAGGCCUAUUCUUCAUGAGCCUUCUGGUUCAGAUCUCGGCCAACGUCAUGAGGGCGCUUACCCCUCCGUUUGGCAAAUACGUAGCGGAUGAGGCGAGGUUGGAGGGCGAAUUCAGGUUUCAGCACUCUAGGUUGAUCGAUUGGAGCGAGGAGGUGGCACUGUAUGCGGGACAUGAGGCGGAGAAGGAUACCUUGGAUAAGGGAUACUUCACGCUGAUCAAGCAUGUCAACCGGAUAUUGAGGAGGAGAUUCUACCACGGAGUCAUGGAGGACUUUGUGAUAAAGUACUUUUGGGGUGCGCUGGGAUUGCUGCUCUGCAGUGUGCCAGUGUUCUUCAAGGUGCCGGGAACAGGCGGUAUGACUAUGGGAGAUCGGACGGAAAGCUUCGUCACCAACCGGCGAAUGCUCCUUAUGUCUAGCGACGCUUUCGGUCGCGUCAUGUUCUCGUACAAGGAGAUCACCGAGCUCGCCGGCUACACUUCACGCGUUUCAACCCUCCUCGACGUAAUCGACGACAUACAAGCUGGUCAUUUUGAGAAGAAGCUCGUUUCUUCCGCCGACACCGAGGAGAACGCAUCCGUUCUACGCGGUCGCGGCACUGUAACCGAAGGCACGGAUAUAGAGUUCAUCGACGUGCCUAUAGUAUCUCCAAACGGCGAUGUGCUCGUGCGCAAGCUUUCCUUCAGUGUAAAGCCGGGAGACCAUCUCCUCAUCGUGGGACCCAACGGCUGCGGAAAGAGCAGUCUGUUCCGCAUUCUAGGCGGCCUCUGGCCUGUAUACGGCGGCAAAGUACGAAAGCCACCGUUCGAAGACAUCUUCUACAUCCCCCAACGUCCGUACCUCUCGCGCGGAACGCUGCGUCAACAGAUCAUCUACCCAGACUCGCUACAUGACAUGCACUCUAAAUCCAUUACCGACAACGACAUCCUUUCGAUUCUCGAGACCCUGAACCUAGAAUCCCUCAUCGACCGCCCCGGCGGCUUCGACGCUGAAGCGCAAUGGGAAGACGUGCUUUCCGGGGGUCUCCAGCAACGCGUCGCCAUGGCGCGGCUUUUCUACCAUAAACCCCGGUAUGCUAUCCUGGACGAAUGCACGAGCUCUGUGACACUGGAGGUAGAGCGGGUGAUGUAUGAGGAAGCGAAGAGACUGGGUAUCACCCUUAUGACAGUCAGUCACCGGAGAAGUCUUUGGAGGUACCAUACUAGGAUCCUGCAGUUUGACGGCCAAGGUGGCUUCUACUUUGGAGGGCUGGAUGCGGAGAGGAGGGCGGUGCUUGAAGAUGAGAAGGAAGACAUCGACCUGCAGCUCAGAGCUGUUCCGGACAUUGAGCAAAGGAUCAGGGAGUUGGAAGCUUCGCGGUAA